GACGACGAGCAUAAAUACCAGCCGAUACGGACGUCGGAUGCAGUGCACCAUCUCACCAUGGACCCCAUCUUCACCUCUGAUACUCACUUCGCUACCAUUGAUCAAGUCGACGCCGCCGUUGACGAGAUCCUGAGCGGAGGCAAUCUCCCCGAGACGAUAGUCUCGAAGCUCACCAAUUUCGAGUUGCCCUUCUACGAGCGGUCCUUCGAGCUGCGCAAGCUCACGAUUAUGAAGCAGAUCUGCCGACAGAGCGACAGCGUCACGCAGUACCAGCGGCAGCAAGACAAGAACAACCGCGCGGCCGACCAGUUGGACAAGGUCCCGCAACUGCACUUCGUAGGCUUUAAACACGCGUUCGAAGAGAUGAACUACAUGAGCGGCAGCCCGUUUGGCAACGACCAGGUCGAGAAUUUCCUCGACCUGGGAUGUGCCCCCGGAGGCUUCGCCCUAUGGCUCUUGCAGAACAACAAGAGCGCUCGAGGAAACGGAGUCACGUUGUCUCCGGAGGCGAAAGGCAUCCGGCUACGGCUUGUCCCCAGGUUCCCCGAGCGCUUCCACGUUCAGUACGAAGAUGUGUGCAACAUCGCUACCGGUCAAGUUGCCCUUGAAGAGCCUCCGGCCGGAGGCUUCGACCUCGUCACCGCCAACGCCGCGAUCAUGUUGGCCGACAACAAGAUCCCUUGGAACCUCACCAUCCGGCUAGUGUAUGCACAGUUACUGGUCGCCUUCCAGUACAUUGCGCAAGGAGGUUCCCUUGUCAUUAGCUUCAGGUCGCGUCCUGUGAGCUGGGUCGUCGAUAUUGUGCGUUUCAUCGGUCAAACGUUCACGUCGGUGGCGGCCGAGAACCCGUCGUUCCAGGCUCGACGGUCGUUCGCCUACGUCGUCUGCAGAGGAUUCAAAGCGGGUGGGGACGAGAAGAAAAGGUACAUACAGCGCUUGCGCGAGUGUGUAGACUACUUGGAGAACAUCACGGGGCCUAUUGAUGAUCCGGUCAGUGGUACGACGAACAUACCGCGUCUCUGCGGCGCGCAAGGCGAAGUGCUUCCGGACGAGACGUACCAAUACGUGACCGACAUGUUCGACAAUGCUUGGAAGCGCCAGUACAUGGGUAUCCGUUCCCAGUACGAGGGGGUACUGCUCAAACAGGCUGCGCAAAUCAAAGCUCAAGAUAGGGACACUAGGAAGGGAGGUACUGGACAACCUGUACGACGUGGAUCGGUCAGCACGUCUCCCAGCGAGGGCGGCCCGUUCAAGUGGAGUCGCCCUAUUGACGACUACCAAAGGCGCCGCCAAGAGACGAAGACCGCCUACACCUCGUUCUUCAAGUUGGAUCGCCGCAACGGCAUGAGCGACGGGCCCGAUGGCCCUGGCUCAUGGCGGAGGUAAUAGCUAAGAAACUGAGCCUCGACGACUAUCCAAUGACUAGUCUUGAUUUGUUGAAGUUAUGUGUAGUGCUGUAUCCCACGACAGGCUGCACGAUGUACAAUUGGAUACUCAACUCACGAGAUAACUGCAAUGACUAUUGUUGCAUGCUCAGGAGUGCGUCGGGCAUCCAGAUGGAGGUAUACUGCCCGACUCACUGUCUGCAACCAUCAGUACUAUAUGACUCUCAGUCUGGAG